AUGCGGCCGUCUCUAGCCUUGCGAAUGUACACCGCCCAGCUAACGCUUUUCACACGAGCUAAUUGCGGCCUCUGCGACGUGGCCAAAGCCCGAAUUGACGAAGUCCUAAAGAAGCGAACAGUCGAUUACAACGAGGUCGACAUCAUAGCGGAGGGCAACCAGAAAUGGCGGAACAUGUAUGAGUUUGAUGUUCCUGUCCUCCACGUCGAGCGAGUGAUGCAUACCUACUCGAAACCCAAUAUAGUUACCGAAGCGCAAAAGCUCAUGCAUCGUUUCACAGUGGAAGAAGUAGAGAAGCUCAUCGAUGAGACAGAACAGGGCAGCGCCUAA